CGCAAAGCAAACGGAGUUCAGAAUUCAGAUUCAGAGAGUCAAUAGGAAGAGGGGGAGUCAAUCACGAGUCUACGCCGUAGUCAGCUUCAUCUCUCUCUGUCUGUAUCUUGUCUUCGUUGCGAGAGAUCUGCUGUUUCGUUUCUUUUUGAUAUUGAAUUCUACGCUUGUUUCACUUUGUGAUCCGUAAGAAAGUGAAUCUCAAAUACUUUGCCAACAGAAAUUGUUUGUUGCUUCGAGAGGGGUUUGGAAUUUAGGGUUUCUUUUGUCUUAGAUUAGGGCUUAGGGGGGUUGGAAGAGAUUGAUUGGUGAAUUCGGUGAUGUUGUCGAAUCAUCUGCAGAAUGGAAUCGAGACUGCAAAGCUGGUUUGGUCUCGGCUCCCGAAUGCAGACGACAGUGAUCAAGAGGGGAUAGGCCUUGUAAGCACUUGCGAUAAAGGAAGUGGUGUUGAGAGUCUUGACUAUGAAGUCAUCGAGAAUUACGCCUACCGAGAAGAGCAGGCUCAAAGAGGGAAGCUGUAUGUGGGAUAUUUUAUCGCCGUGAAGUGGUUACUUUCUCUCCUCAUAGGCAUAGGAACUGGAUUGGCAGCCGUUUUCAUCAAUAUUUCUGUUGAGAACUUUGCUGGCUGGAAGUUUCAGUUGACAUUUUCUAUAAUACAAAAAUCAUAUAUAGCUGGUUUUGUGGUGUACAUAUUAAUCAACCUGGUUCUAGUAUUUUCUUCGGUGUAUAUUGUCACACAAUUUGCACCAGCAGCAGCUGGAUCUGGUAUCCCUGAAAUCAAGGGUUAUUUAAAUGGAGUUGAUAUUCAUGGUAUCCUUCUUUUUAGGACCUUGAUUGGAAAGAUAUUGGGAAGCAUUGGCUCCGUGGGAGGUGGUCUAGCUUUAGGGAAAGAAGGUCCGCUAGUUCACACUGGGGCCUGUAUUGCGUCGUUGUUAGGCCAAGGUGGAUCUACAAAAUACCAUUUAAGUUCCCGGUGGCUACAAGUUUUCAAAAGUGAUCGGGAUCGGCGUGAUCUGGUGACCUGUGGGUGUGCAGCUGGUGUUGCUGCUGCCUUCAGAGCUCCAGUUGGUGGCGUAUUAUUUGCACUGGAAGAGGUCACGUCUUGGUGGAGGAGUCAACUUAUGUGGCGUGUCUUUUUCACUUCUGCCAUUGUGGCUGUUGUGGUGCGUACUGCAAUGGGGUGGUGCAAGAGUGGAAAGUGUGGUCAUUUUGGCUCGGGUGGCUUCAUAAUCUGGGACAUAUCAGGUGGUCAAGAGGACUACUCUUUUGAAGAGCUUUUACCAAUGGCAGUAAUUGGGGUUAUUGGAGGUUUACUUGGGGCUUUAUUUAACCAGCUCACCCUAUAUAUAACUUACUGGCGUCGUAAUUUUCUUCACAAGAAAGGUAACCGAGUUAAGAUUAUUGAAGCUUGCCUCAUAUCUCUGAUCACCUCGAUCAUUUCCUUUGGACUUCCUCUUCUAAGAAAGUGUAGUCCAUGCCCUGAAUCAGAUCCCGACUCCAGUAUUGAUUGCCCGAGACCUCCUGGAAUGUAUGGGAAUUAUGUUAAUUUCUACUGUGGUAAGGACAAGGAAUACAAUGAUCUUGCAACAAUUUUCUUCAACACUCAGGAUGAUGCCAUAAGGAAUUUGUUCAGUGCAAAAACAAUUCACGAGUACAGUGCCCAAAGUUUGUUGACCUUUUUGGUUAUGUUUUAUACCUUAGCAGUGAUGACAUUUGGUACUGCAGUUCCUGCUGGUCAAUUUGUUCCAGGAAUAAUGAUAGGAUCAACAUAUGGACGUCUUGUGGGCAUGUUUGUUGUUAAUUUCUACAAGAAGCUCAACAUUGAGGAGGGAACGUAUGCACUAUUGGGGGCUGCUUCUUUUCUUGGAGGUUCAAUGCGAAUGACUGUGUCCCUAUGUGUUAUAAUGGUUGAAAUCACAAACAACUUGAAGCUUUUGCCACUAAUCAUGCUUGUUCUUCUUAUAUCAAAGGCUGUUGGUGAUGCUUUUAAUGAAGGUCUGUAUGAGGAACAGGCACAACUGAGGGGCAUUCCUUUACUGGAAUCAAGACCUAAGUAUCAGAUGAGAAAAAUGACAGCACGGGAAGCCUGUGGAAAUCGGAAGGUUGUCUCCUUCCCCCGUGUUGUUAAGGUGGGAGAUGUUGUUUCUAUUUUGAGGAGCAAUGAACACAAUGGCUUCCCUGUUAUUGAUCACACAAGGAGUGGGGAAACACUUGUCAUUGGACUUGUGCUUCGUAGUCAUUUGCUGGUACUUCUUCAGAGUAAAGUUGAUUUCCAGCAUAGUCCUUUACCCUGUGAUCCUAGUGGAUCUAGGUCAAUCAGGCACACUUUCAGCGAAUUUGUGAAACCUGCUUCCAGCAAAGGAAUUUCUAUAGAUGAUAUACAUUUAAGUGGAGAUGACAUGGAAAUGUACAUAGAUCUUGCACUGUUUUUGAAUCCUUCUCCAUACAUUAUUCCUGAAGAUAUGUCUUUAACAAAGGUUUAUAAUCUUUUUCGCCAAUUAGGACUGAGGCAUAUAUUUGUUGUUCCUCGUCCUUCUCGAGUGAUAGGUUUGAUUACCAGAAAGGAUUUGCUAAUUGAGGAUAAUGACGAUGCAGGUACCGUAGAGCUUCAAACCACCAGUGUAAGACCUACACAGCUUCAUGAGAGAAUAUUGUUCUCAAGGAAUACGGAUUCUGAGUCUCCACUUCUCAAUGGUCUGCUAGUCCAAGAUCACGUUCCUGGCAGACACUGAGGUCCAAUCUUCUUCACAACAAUUUUUUUUUUGCCUUCCUGUGUUUUUCGGCACUAAAUUUAUAAUUCCAAAACACCCCCCCCCCCGCCCCCCCAAGCGGAAGGUAAUACGGGCUCAUGUACUAAACUUUUGGCCAUUGCGUGUGGGGGUUGUAUGUACCAAAACCAUUGACCUUUUGUAUCUCUCAUAAAGUGAUAGAAAAUGCAAUCUUGUCAAACAUGAACUAUUUGCUAGCGGAAAUGAUAACUGGAGUCUAAUUUCUUGAUGCAAUGCAAGAGGGUACACUAUUUGUUGGCAGUAUGGUGGUGAAUCUGGUGUAGUAUGACUGGUAAAUUUGCUCUUAAAGAAACUUCUUCUGGCAA